AUGGCGCCCGUGCCUAUUGAGCACCCGCCUAGUUAUAUCCCUUUAGCUUUAUCUACUACUCACCUGGGUCUCGUCGUCUACCUCACUUAUGCCGUAGGCGCAAGCUUAUACACGUCGUACAAGUCACUCUCCCCAGCUCAGGACACUCGUCGCCGCCAAGAAUGGCGUAAGAAGUUGGCUCCCGUCUUUGCCGGCCUUGCUGCCGUGGCGUUGGUCUCUACGACCUACUCGUCUCUAUCUUAUGCCGUUCUCUCGUACAAAGCCUGGGCCCACGAAAGAGACGUCGAACUUCCUCAUCGUCUUGUCGGCGAUAAGGGUUUCCUUCCUGGUACACACAAUGCAAGCCAGGUGUAUCUAGCGCGAUGGUUGGAUGACACGCCCAUCUACUAUGAUGCAUUCGAGAUCGUAGCUGAGAAGGCACGCCGAUUCUGGUGGGGACAGCAGGUUGACCUUGGCUCUAUCUCGUGGAGCAUAUUGCUUGCCAUCGAGGGUCGUCGCAGACACAUUCCUCUGCUUACCGCAUUCCUUGCCUUGGCUCAUCUAGUCAGCCUGUCCUUUGCUCAGAAUCUUUUCUACUUGGCCCUGCUUCUCACGCCAGCCCCUAUCGCAGCUGGAAAUGACCAUCUCGAGCUGCCUGUAGUUCCGAUGCCAGCUUCGAGGUGGGCUCGCAUUAGACAUGCCGUAUCACCUCCGAAGCCGACAAACUGGUGUCCACAUCCAGCUUUACUCCUCGGGGCAGUCUUGGUCAACUUUGCCUCCCUGUUUAUCCUGCCCUACGCAGUUGAAACGCCAUCCUUUGUGACUGUUGCACUUGUUACCCGCCUGUCAACUUUUCUCCCACUGAUUGUUUCGAAAGUGGUACCUACUUCUUGGGGCACAGUUCAUCCGCAUCCCCAUGAUGCCUACAGCUCUUUCACGUCACUAUUCCGUCUCAUAUCUCUCGCCAGCUUCGCUUUGCAUGCCAAGGCGACAUUCUUCGGUUUGCGUUACAAUCUGCCCGAUUCACAUUAUCAUCGCCAUUCGCGUUUCUUACCAUGGGACAUUGCAGAGAGAUCAACUUGGGAGCAGAGCACCACUGCUAUUGGCAAGGUUCUCGGCUCGACGAGAGAUCAUCCGGUGGUUGCAGCAGUGGGCUGGGACGUGCUGUUGUGUGCUCUCAGUCUCGGAAUCUGGACCGCUGUCAGAGCAACAGACGUCGAGGGCAUCAUUUUGUCUACGGUCCCGUUCUAUAAGAAGCCGGGCCAUGUGGCUGCUGACCAUGGGUCUACUCCUUCGGCUGUCAAGGAAGAGUUUGAUUCGAACGAGCAGGCUACAGAGAACGGCAUGAAACUGCGGCGCCGCGGGCCCCCAAAAUCUCGCGGAACCAGUAUAAGCAGUGUUGGCUCGGACGUGGCAGGUGACAAUACUGUACUGGGCACUGCCAGAAGACGUGGAAGGCCGAAGAAGGUUGCAGAGCCCGACGAGGCGUAUGAGCCUACAGCUGCGGAGGCAAGUCAGGUGGUUGAGGGUGAUAUUCUACCGCCCAAAGAGCUGGAUUGGGAGAGUGCAGCACUCGCGUGGGGAUUGGCUGCUUUUGGAGGCUUAGGCGCCGCUGAAGCUGGCGUCUUCGGCGCCGAAUGUGUUUCCAGGUAG